AUGGUCGCUAUGAUGCCCAGUUUCAUUGUCAGCUGGUUUCCUGGGCCGGUGAUCUUCGGCUCCCUCGUGGACUCCACAUGCAUUUUAUGGCGAACAACGUGUGGCUCAGUCGGCGCAUGCUCCCUGUACGACAUUGAACUCUUCCGGCUACGAAUACACGCGCUGAUGAUGGGCUUGAGGAUUAUCACAUUGUUCUUCUUUAUCCUGGCUCUGGUCUUUGCUCUCUGCUCCAAGGAACCGGUGUUCCAGCCCCACAUGGAUGAGGUCACCAUUGCUGUAACUGCUAACGGUCACAAGACAAGCAAAAAUGAUCCUGGAUCUAAAGAGUGUACUAAACCUGAAAAUAAGGAAACAUACAUUUAG